AGAGUUUUCACGUUAUGCUGAUUAGUUUGAUUUGUUUUGAAAAGACCUUACAUAGCCUACAAAAGAAUGAAUGAAUUCAGGAUGCAUCAAAGAAUUGUUCAACAAAUUCUCCUGGUGCUAUAUUUAAUUUUGAGUUGUAAUGGGUUACAAGGAGAAAAAAAGCUAUCCAAAUUAGAGAACAUGGAGUUAGAGAAACAGCUAAAACUUUUGAACAAGCCAGCAAUCAAAACAAUUAAGAGCAACAACAAUAGUGAGCAAAAAGGAAGAUACAUAUCUUCACGAGGAUAUAAGCUUGCAAUAGCUCAAACUCCAAAUGAUCCAAAUAACAAGUUUGCGGGAGCUGGAAUGGCAACUAGUUUGUACAAUCCGCUCGUUGAAGGCAAACAACAUAGUGCUUGUCGACUAAAAAUACAAAAAGUGUCGGAUAUCUUACAAGUUGGUUGGAGAGUGGAUCCAACAUUAUAUGGGGAUAAUAAAAUCAGGCUUUUUAUACAUUUUCAGGCAGGCAAAAUUCAUUGUUUCAAUACAUUAUGUCUUGGUUUUGUACAAGUAAACACAGAAAUACCUCUUGAUAUGUCAUACGAGAACCAUAUUUCACAACGUGAAGUGAAGACAUGGGAGGAGACAAUGUACAUUGAGAGGGAUCUAGUCGAUGGAAAUUGGUGGCUUCUAAUGGAAGAUAACUAUGAACGAGUUGGUUUUUGGCCGCAAAGGAUCUUCACUGACUUGGCAAGUUUUGCUACGAAUGUUGAAUGGGGAGGAAUUGUUUAUAGUCCACCAGGUGUACCUGAACCUCCAAUGGGCUCAAGCUUUUUCCCGAGCAAAUACCCUGCUUAUGAUGGUUAUUGUAAAAGCAUUGCAGUUUUAAACGACAAAGGAGGGACUGUUGAAGUAAAUAAAGUACACACACAUGUCGAUAGUUUUAAUGUGUACAAGGUUUUAUUCGAACGACUUCCGGAAGGUUCAAAGUCAUUUAAUUAUGUUCUUUAUGGUGGACCUGGUGGGAGUAUACCGGUCUAAGUCUUGUUAAUUAGUACUAUAAUGAUAUUUAUGUUCAAUGUCUAAUGAAUUACAUGGAGUAUUCUUGAUGAAUUUAUAAUUGGAUUCAUU